AUGGAUGUCUCCGCUGGGCGAGAAGUGCUGCCGAAAAAUGUAAAGCCGCUUCACUACGACCUCACCCUCGAGCCGAACUUCGAGACCUUCAAGUACCAUGGCACGGUCACGAUUGAGCUGGAUGUAUUGGAGGACACCAAGUUUGUCUCGCUCAACACCUACGACAUUGAGAUCAAGGAGACCAAGUUCACGGCUGGUGAUAGAACCAUCAGCUCUUCGCCCAACAUCUCCUACGAUACCGACUCGCAGACCACCAAAGUCGAGUUCGACCAGACCAUUCCUGCAGGAUCGAAAGCGAAGCUCUUCCACAAGUUCACUGGCAACCUCAAUGACAACAUGGCUGGGUUCUACCGAUCAUCGUACAAGGACGAGAAGGGCAGUGAGAAGUGGAUGGCUACGACACAGAUGGAGGCCACAGAUGCACGACGAGCAUUCCCUUGCUUUGACGAGCCUGCGUUGAAGGCGAGCUUUACUGUGACAUUGGUAGCGGACCACAACCUGACUUGCCUGAGCAAUAUGGACGAAGCCAGCACGAACGACGUCCAGUCGGAGUUCAGCAGCUCCAAGCGUAAGGCAGUGACAUUUAACAAAACACCACUCAUGUCGACAUACCUUCUUGCUUUCAUCAUUGGCGAGCUGAAGGUGUACGAGGACCACAGCUUCCGGAUACCUGUUCGUGUCUUCAUGACUCCAGACAAGACGCUCGACCACGGCAAGUUCUCUGCUGAGCUCGGUGCGCGGACACUGGAGUUUUAUGAGAAGGAAUUUGCGUCUCCAUUCCCUCUGCCAAAGAUGGACAUGGUCGCUAUUCCUGACUUCUCGGCUGGUGCUAUGGAGAACUGGGGUCUUGUCACUUACCGUGUUGUGGAUCUCCUGCUGGACGAGAAGACGGCUAGUGCAUCGACGAGGCAGCGUGUGGCGGAGGUCGUCCAACACGAACUCGCUCACCAAUGGUUCGGUAACCUUGUAACGAUGGACUUCUGGGACGGUCUGUGGCUCAACGAGGGUUUUGCGACAUGGAUGUCAUGGUACUCGUGCAACAAGUUCUAUCCAGAAUGGAAGGUGUGGCAAGGAUAUGUGACAGACAACCUGCAAUCUGCUCUUGGUCUGGACAGUCUACGAAGCUCUCACCCUAUCGAAGUGCCUGUCAAGCGUGCCGACGAGGUCAACCAGAUUUUCGAUGCUAUCUCAUACUCCAAGGGCUCGUGUGUCAUUCGCAUGAUCUCGAAGCACCUGGGCGAAGAUGUCUUCAUGGAGGGCAUUCGACGAUACUUGAAGAAGCAUGCUUACGGCAACACGACUACUGGCGAUCUGUGGGCGGCGUUGAGCGAUGCAAGCGGCAAGGAUGUCGUCAGUGUUGCAGAUACGUGGACCAAGUACGUCGGCUUCCCCGUGGUUACCGUCGAGGAGGAUGCGAAGAACAGCUCGAUCAACCUCAAGCAGAACCGCUUCCUUCGAACAGCUGAUGUCAAAGCCGAGGAGGACAAGACGAUCUGGCCUGUAUUCCUUGGUCUGCGCACAAACAAGGGUAUCGAUGAAGAAGUCACGCUCAACAAGCGCGAGGCCAAGUUCUCCGUCCCCGACAUGGAUUUCUUCAAGCUGAACGCUGAUCACUCUGGCAUCUACCGCACGAACUACACACCCGAGCGUCUGAAGAAGCUAGGCGAGAAUGCCAAGGCUGGUCUGCUGAGCGUGGAGGAUCGCGCCGGUAUGCUUGCCGAUGCUGGCGCUUUGACAGCUGCUGGCUAUCAGAAGACUUCUGGGCUGUUAUCACUGCUCAAGGGCUUCAAUACUGAGUCCGAGUAUGUGGUGUGGGACGAGAUCACGGCCCGUAUUGGCGCGGUCCGUGCUGCAUGGAUCUUCGAGGAUGAGAAGACCAGAGAUGCGCUUAAGCAGUUCCAGCGCGAUCUGGUCAGUCACAAGGCUCAUGAAGUCGGCUGGGAGUUUACGGAUAAGGACGGACAUAUUGAGCAGCAGUUCAAGUCUCUCCUCUUCGGCAGUGCAGCAUCGGCUGGUGAUGAGAAGACCAAGAAAGCCGCCUUUGACAUGUUUGAGAAGUUUGUGGCGGGCGACAGGCAAGCGAUACAUCCCAACCUUCGAGGUGGUGUGUACUCGGUCGUGCUGCAGUACGGUGGCGAGAAGGAGUAUAAUGCCAUCGUGAAGGAGUACGAGACUGCGAAGAACGCCGAGGAGCGCAACACAGCACUGCGUGCGAUUGGGCGCGCGAAGGAACCCCAGCUCAUCAAGCGCUCACUGGCUUACUCCUUGAGCAAGGAAGUGAAGGACCAGGAUAUCUACCUUCCACUCGCCGGUCUGCGCGCACACCAGGAAGGUAUCAUAGCGCUCUGGGCGUGGAUGAAGGAGAACUGGGAGACUUUGAAGAAGAAGCUGCCGCCUUCGCUGUCGAUGAUGGGCUCGGUCGUGAGUAUGGGUACGAGCAGUUUCACACACGACGAUCAAAGGAAGGAUAUUGAGGCCUUCUUCGACAAAGUUGGGACGAAGGGUUUCGAGAGGAAUUUGGCGCAGAGUGUGGAUGCUAUUAAGGCGAAGACGGGGUGGUUGGAGCGGGAUGGCGAGGAUGUGAAGCAGUGGCUGAAGGAGAACAAGUAUCUGUAG